UAACAGAAGUAUUAAUUAUUUUUGACGGAUCCUCGUUAAAUAAAAUCGGGGAGCCCUCGGAAUUACCAGAUUUGCACAGCUGGGAAGACUGUAAAUUUCUUCUUUCCGGUGAUCUUCCCGUCGGAGAAGAUGAUCGUUUGCGUUGCCGUCGUCGGUCACCAAAACAAUCCGCUUUACAUACAGAGCUUCACUGAAGCAGAUGAUGCCCUAAAGCUUCAUCACAUUGUUCAUUGCUCCCUUGAUGUUGUCGACGAAAGAGUGAACAAUCCAAAAAAAUCCAGCCCCACUCUGAACGAGACAUUUCUUGGCCUUCUAUAUCCAACUGAAAACUACAAAGUGUAUGGUUAUUUGACUAAUACAAAAGUGAAACUUAUAUUGGUAACAACAGAUCUUGAUAUUAGAGAUGCCGAUGUGAGAAAUUUUUUCAGGAAAUUUCAUGCCGCAUAUGUUGAUGCUGUGUCAAAUCCAUUUCAUGUACCUGGCAAGAAGAUAACAUCCAGAACUUUUGCUGAAAGGGUUAGCACUAUCGUCAAGUCUUUUGGUUUGAGUUCAGCUGUUUGAAUGACUGCUAUCGAAGUCAUUUUGCAAGGCACUCCAGUCUACCUCUGCCCCAAGCUGAUAACAAAUUUAGGAGGAAUAGCAUAUUUUUGCAAACUAGCUGAAGGGUAUUUGUCAAAUUUGCUACCUCGCAUGACAUUAACCAAAACAGACAAGUACUUUCUGUGUAUUUUAUUUCAUUGAUUUUAAGAAUUACUGAACACAGUGUGGAAUAGGUAAUCACUGGUUUCAUUUUGGGUCAUAUGUACUUGCUAGACAGUUGCAUUUUGUUCAAGUAAACGAAGUUUUCUGAUA